GAAAUUUAAGCGAUUGGUUGGGUUCUGAAAGAAUUGUUUUGGUUUCUUGAUGAUGUUUUGGUCGCACGACUGGAAAGCCUCGUGGCACUGAGACAGUUUUAUGUGCGACUUGAGGACUGGGAAAGUUAUGACGAGGUUGACAGCAGCGAAGAUCGCGAUUGUCUGUUCUGUGUUCAUAUUGACGAUGGGGGCGACAAAGCCGAUGGAAGGCGACCCUAUCUUGGUGGGGCAAUUGACGAGAUUGGGAGUUGAGAUGCUUGACGGCAAUUACGAUUUGGAGAUCCCACUUCAAGCUUGUGUUCCCAUUGCUGAGAAGUCGUGAUGGCUGCUUUGUCUUGUCCAAAUAUGAACAAUAUCGCCGUCUCCCAAAUCAGGACCGAAAAAGGCCGCCUCACUUCGGCACCCUCCCGUCUCUCCCGGCCAGUCGGCGACAGCUAGAGUUCCACAGCCGUUAUCGGGAGCGGGAGUUGUGCAUAUCGGAUGAGAGCCUCGGCAGCCGGCGCUCCCUACCCGACAGACACCCAUCCCGUCCUUGACGGCCCGGGAUAGGCCGUCUUUUGAUUGUCGCCUGCACAGUGUGCUUGAUAUGUCAUAUUUCAGCCACCUACCCAGCCAGCAGCGGCAUGUCGAUAUUGCUUGUUAUUCCCGACUGGGUGUUUCCCGCCAUUUGCGGGGACAACUGUCGGAGAAGAUGUCAAAAUCAAGGGCGUAAAGAAUCUGCAAGAUGACAUCUUGACACUCGCCCGCUUGUUUGAUGAUAGUGACAGUUCUCGAUAUGGCCGGGAAUAAACGACGUUUGACCUACCAAAACCAGGGUAGUCUACCCGGCAAGGAUGUGUACGAUAAACCCACACUUUUCCCACCCACGACUGGCUUUUUUUUUUCUAGAAACCUUUGGACGGCGGAGUUAAAAAGUCAUUGGUGGUUUCCUAACGCCGAUGGAAUAUAUCAACGGCUAAACUACUACUACUACCACUACUACUACUACCCCUUUCUUGUCGUCAUUGUUUUUUGCUGAUUCAACUUUUACAACCUACACAGGGUGAGCCAAGCAAAUAACACUCAUCAUGAACGUUGACAUCGAAAAGGUCGCCUCGGCCCCAUCACCGCCACCACCAGCAGCACCAUCAUCAUCACAUCCCAACACCAAAGAAACGAAACUCACAACAGCCCAAGAUGCAGACCUAUCAGACAGCUCCGACCUCGACUCCCCAACAACAACGCCAGACGAAGAAGAAGAAGAAGAAGAAGAAUUCACCCCCCCCGACGGCGGUCUAACCGCCUGGUUCCAAGUCCUCGCCGCCUGCCUAAUCAACAUGCUCGCCUGGGGCUACCCAACCGCCUUUGGCGUCUACCAGCUCCACUACCGCGACACCCUCCGCCUCCCCGAAGCCCAAGUCUCCUGGAUCGGCUCCCUCCAAGUCUUCCUCGCCUUUGCCCUCUGCAUCUUCUCCGGCCGCCUCGCCGACGCGGGGUACAUCAAGUCGACCAUCAUCGCCGGGACGUUCCUCGUCGUCUUUGGGACCUUUAUGACGAGUUUAUGUAAAGAGUACUGGCAGAUUUUCCUGGCUCAGGGGUUGUGCACGGGGUUGGGGUUGGGGAUUAUUUUCAUGCCGCCGCUGUCGGUGGUGAACAGUUACUUCAAGAGGAAAAAGGCAUUGGCGCUGGCGAUUUCGGCUACCGGGACGGGGUUAGGGAGUGUGGUUUUUCCGGCGGUGAUUCAGUAUUUGAUUCCAAAGGUUGGGUUUGCCUGGGCGGUGAGGUGCGCGGGGUUUGUGGCGUUGGGGAUUUCGGUUGUGAGUGUGGUGUUGCUGAGGCCGGUGUUGAAGCCGAGGAGGAGCGGGCCGGUGUUUGAGUGGGAUGCAUUCAGGGAGGGGCCGUAUUUGUUGUUUACGCUGGGGGCGUUUUUGUUUUUUUGGGCGUUGUUUUUCGGGAGCUUCUUUAUUAAUGCGUUUGCGAGGAACAUUGUUGGGUUCUCGACGACGGACUCGGUGCAGUUGUUGCUCAUCACGAACGGGAUGAGUGUUGUCGCGAGGCCUAUCACAGGGUAUUUGGCUGAUAACUAUAUUGGUCCGAUCAACAUGCAUGCCUUCCAGAUGUUUCUGCUGGGGUGUAUGUUUUUCUUUUGGCUGGCGGUGGACUCUGCUACGGGGCUUUAUGUGUUUGCCAUCUUUCUUGGUUUCGCGAUGGGAGCGGCCCAGGGUGUGUUUGGUGGUGCGCUUGCCAGUCUCUUGAAGGAUCCAAGAAAGAUGGGAACGCGGUUCGGCAUGGUCUGCACUCUUUGCGCGUUUUCUUCGCUGGCUGGGCCACCAACUGCUGGUGCUAUCAUCGACAGGUCAAAUGGGACAUAUACAUGGGCUUGUGUUUGGGCUGGGACGGUGGUGGUGUUGGCUUCGUUCAUAAUCAUGUCCGCGAGGAUAGCUGUGACGGGGUUUAAGCUGGCUGUUAAGAUUUGA